GUGGCUGAAUUAAUGGGGGGGGGGGGGGGGGGGGUAAACACUAUAUAAUUUUGUUCAUUUAAAAGUUUUAAUUAAAAAACUAUGGCAAAUUGUUUUAAUAUUGUAAUUUCUAAAAUGUUUAUUUUGUCUUGACACUGGCUUGGGAGCGCCUCCGAAUCCCCCAGUCAGAGCUAGUUAAUGUGGCUCGGGAAAGGGAAGAUUGGGGGUCCUGCUGAAACUGCUGCCCGUUAGCCGACUUUGGAUACCCUGUUGAAGAAGGAUGGAUGGGUUUCAAGGCAGUUUUCAAACCAUGGUCCAAACCAUUAUUACAAAUAGAGAAACUGGUAAACCAUGGCUACAAACCCAACGAAAAUCCCAAGAGUACUGUGACAGCCUACAUUUUAUAUUUACAGUACUUAGGUUGUCCUAUAUUUCGAUUUGAUCUUGCACAUUAUAGUAGGGCAAUGGCUUCAAAAUGGAAUUUGAGAUAGGCGUACCUUUUUGUUACUUAGUUCAUCUAAGGUAGGGUUGCCCAAGUCCAGUCCCUCCAGUGGCCUAUACUACGAACAGAGUUCAACCUCCCCAGAAGUAAUCCAGUUUACCAUCGGGUAACCAGAGUUGACAAAACCUAGUUGUCUAGUUUGUGGUCAAUCAGUGCUACGACGCUGAUUAUGAGGUUGAUUACUCGAACCUGUGUCAACCCAGUCAGAGUUACUGCGCGUUCACAUAAAAGGGGGCGGUGACCAGAGUCAAACACUACUUGUGACGAUGGCACGGGCACCUUACUUCACGGAGGAGGAAUGCGCGAUGAUCAUGCGGAAUUAUGAGGAAUUAAAAUCCACCCUCACCGCGAAAUCCAACACCGCUUCGGCGAGUAGAGCGCAACGGGUCUGUUGACAGCGAAUUUACAGAUCGUGUGAUUUGUGAAUGCGUCAAUAUGCCAGUUUACUUAUGUCCAUGAAAAGAAAUAAAGCCUGCUGUCAGGACAAUAAAAUAAGAUUUGGGACAUUAACAGUAAGAAAUAAUUGUCACGCAUCACCACACGAAACAGGAUGAUUGUAUGUUUAGUCUCCUUGACUGCACGAAUACGUAUGUUCUUUUUUUUAGUUUGGACCUAAAAAAUCCAGCUCGACCCGAGCCGAGUCCGAUCAAUAAACUUGAUUUGCAGGCCUGAGCCCGACAAUGUCAGGAGGACACGUCCGCGGAGGAGUGCUGUUUAAAUAGAGCGUGGUUAAUUGGAAUCCUGAUGUUAAGCAAGAUCUAACUCUGACACGACCAGGUUUGGCGUGUGGCGUGUGUUGCCAUGGCAACACUUCUCGGUUCCAACAUAUCCACCUUUCGUAGUCUCGCAUAGCCGCGAACUUACGUCGCACGUGAUAAAGUUACUCUCGAAGUUACCCUGCUAAGCCAGAAAACCGGCUUCGUAGUAUAGGCCACAGGACCCCUACCCAGCUUGUUUUCAAUGUAUUUUCCUCCCUACACAAGCUGGAAAGGGGCUCUCGAGGAACGGACUUAGGCACCCCUAAUCUAAGGAACUUUUUUUUUUUUUUUUUAAAUAACUGUUGUUUCUUUACUUUUUAGUGUUUUUACAGCCAUCCUUUUACGUACAUGUGACAUUUUUUUUUUUUUUUUUUGUAAUUUGAAAAAACCUGACAAAUACCUGGCAUACAUACAGUGACAUCACAUUUUGGUUCAUAUAGGUCACAUUUCUGUACGAAUUGUUAAUACCGUAUUGGCCCAAAUAUAAGGCUGUGUUUUUUGCAUUGAAAUAAGACUGAAAAAGUGGGGGUUGUCUUAUAUUCGCGGUCUAGACAUUAUACACAUUCAUGACGCUAGAUGGCGCCAGAUAUUUUGAAGUGAUGUUCUGUCAUGACAGAUCUCAGCUACUCUCAAAUUGAACCAGUUUGCAUUUUAUUGCAAUGUUUUUCCUUAUUCCGAUUUUUUUCAAGACUAUAGUUACAGUUAGAUCUCACUUUGAUGGUUAAUGCAGUUAUUGCAAUUUUGUUGUUUUAUUACAAUUAGGGCUGUCAAAAUGAUCGCGUUAACGGGCAGUAAUUAAUUUUUUAAAUUAAUCACGUUAAAAUAUUUGACGUAAUUAACGCACAUGCCCCGCUCAAACAGAUUAAAAUGACAGCACAGUGCAAUGUCCACUUAUUACUUGUGUUUUUUGGAGUUUUGUCACCCUCUGCUGGCGCUUAGGUGCGACUGAUUUUAUGGGUUUCAGCACCCAUGAGCAUUGUGUAAAUUAUCGACAUCAACAAUGGCGGGCUACUAGUUUAUUUUUUGAUUGAAAUUUUUACUAAUUUUAUUAAAACAAAAACAUUAAGAGGGGUUUUGAUAUAAAAUUUCUAUAACUUGUACUAACAUUUAUCUUUUAAGAACUACAAAUCUUUCUAUCCAUGGAUCGCUUUAACAGAAUGUUAAUAAUGUUAAUGCCAUCUUGUGUAUUUAUUGUUAUAAUAAAACAAUACAGUACUUAUGUACCGAAUGUUGAAUCUAUACAGUAUAUCCAUCUUGUGUCUUAUCUUUCCAUUCCAACAAUAAUUUACAGAAAAAUAUGGCAUAUUUUAUAGAUGGUUUGAAUUGCGAUUAAAUACGAUUAAUUUUGAUGCUGUAAUGAACUCGAUUAAUUAAAAAUUUUAAUCGUUUGACAGCCCUAAUUACAAUAGAUUGGUCUAUUCAUAUUUCAAAAACCAGAAGCCAUUCAUUUACGAGUGUGAUUCCACUUUAGUUUACAUAUUUAAAUGUUCAGCUAUUCAGAUUCGAAUGAGGCAAAAUAACAUGCUCUUUCUCUCAAAUAUAUUGUUAUAAUCAUUUGUUUCAGAUGUACUGUAAUUAUUUUCUGGAUAAAAAUGAAUUUGGUGUUCAAAAAGUCUUUUUAUAAACUUGACCCAAGAUGUCAUGUCUGCCUACAGUAUGUGGAUGCCAGGUCUCAAAUACCAUUACUUUAAAGAUAUAUGUAUUCUUCAUUAUGACUUAAUUUUUUUUAAUUAAUAAAACUCAUUUUUCUUAUUUAUUCAAUCAUCUCUUUGUUUUAAUCAGAAUUAGAAAGGCCAAGGCAACAGAAAGUUGCAGAACAGGUGUGGGUGGCUCGGUCGUCGGUUUGGCAAACACUGACGACACCCUCAGGCCACAUGCGGCUAUUACAACACGCACUAUUUGCUCUCCAACUCUUUUCCCGAGCCAUUUUUAGUGACUUCACUUCACCAGCUGUAAACCAGGCGUGAGGCUGUCUGGCUGCAAAUUUCCAGGAUGGUCCAACCCAUCUCCUGCCCCUCUUCUUAACUGCACACUGAAGAUUUGAGAUCAUCCAAGCAGCAGCAGAUCAGGGUGUUUAACACCGUUUUUGCACAUAAAAGAGGCCAACUACAGCUUCAAGGUGUUUCCCAAUCUGUCACCAUCUUUAGGAGGGAGAGGCGGUCUACGGGGAAGGAUGAUCGACCUUAGCUAUCUCACGGAAGAAGAGCGGGGCAUCAUCAUGACCGUACUUAGGAGGGACGCUCAACUCAAGCAGGCCGAGGAGCAGAGAAUCAGGAAGCUUGAGAGCAUUUUGAGCCAAGGCUCAUCAUCAGACUCCAAGUUAAAAUACCUGACAGGCCAAUGGUUCUACGAAGCCAAGUCUCGCAGACAUAUGGACAAGAUCCACGGCUCUGAAAUCAUCCUGGCCUCCAUGAAGCAGAGGAGAACUUCAGAAGGAUCGUUUCGAGGUGAGAGACCCAGGGCACCCAGCAGUCCAACUUCUGACAUGGAGGUCCGUCAGAGACCUGUGCGAUCUUUGGAUACGCCAUUGAAAGAAAAGAAUGUACAGAAACAAGAUCUGAAAUCAGUGGUCUAUUCUCCAAGAAUGAUAAGACAAAACCCAUUUAAUCGAGCUUCCCUAAUUGUUGUCGAGCCUUCCGAAGAGUGCUUUGAGACAGAUCCUACCUCCCCUCCAAACAGUCAGAAAACUGGUGGAAGCAGUCAGAGGUCGGGGACGUCCGUGACAUCUGAGGGCUCCCCUGUGGCCUUAAAGCCCAUCCCUAGAAAGAGAACACACCUCUCCAUGAGGACCCCCAGCCAGUCAGACAGCAGCAGCAUAGCCUUGGACCAUAGGGUGGCCCCUGCUCCAAGACCGAGCCUCCAUCCAGGCUCAAGUGGAAGCUCCACCCGGUCCAAGACAGAAGCCACAGUGUCGUUUCAGCCAAAUGCUUCUGCAGAUUUCCCGCAGCAGCCACCAUGUGAUGGCUCUCAUGUUUUAUCUCAUUCCAGUUUGGAUGGAAGAAAGGCAUCUUCUAUCAGAGCGGAGAGAGAAAUAGCGUCGAUGACCGAAGACAAUCCCACCAUAGGAAAGGAUCUAAUGAAAGAAGGAAUGCUGGAUCAUGAUCCAGUGAUUUCCAACAGUGUGGUAUCAUCAUUGAAGGAGCCAGAAUGGCAAAGAACUGGUGCAGAACCUCCAAAAUCCUAUGAUAUCAAGUUUAUCGAGUCGUCCGAUCAGAAGAAACAGAAGAGGUCCCAAAAGAAGCACUCAUACAAGUUGACCACCCCGGCUUCCAGUCCCACUGGCAAUGACGAAAAUUCCAUCUCAAAAGUGCUGGACUGGUUCAACCGUAGCACUGAUGACAAUGACUGGCUUGAUGGCAAAGAUGGAUCGGCGGUAUCAAGGGAUACACAGAGACUCUGUGAGACAAAUGCACUGGGAGGUGAGGAGAUCAUAAAGAAAGAUAUUGGGGAUACACAGAGACUCUCUGAGACGAAUGCACUGGGAGAUGAGGAUAUCAUAAAGAAAGAAAUUGGAAGUAUUCAGAAGAAGGAAGAAACUGAUAUUAUAAAGGUUGAGUCAGAAGGAAAUGCCAAAGAGGUGACGAUGGAUGCAAAAAAUAAUUACCCAGAAAGCAACAACAUCUCCCAAAUGAAAUCAUUUUGGGAGAAUAGCAUCCAAUACCCCAAAACUAUUACAUCGGAAGUGAAACCGGAGGCAAAAGACCGAAACGAAAAUAAGCCAAAUGUUCACUCUGAAGUAUUCAGUGGCAAAGUAACUGAUGUCACAAAUGGGGUGGACGGAAAUCAGCAUGUUGAGAUGAAAAAUGACCAAGAGUCAGACAAUUUCUACCUAGAAAACAACACCACUAAUCCUCAAGAAGUUGAAAGAAAUGGUUCAAAUGACGAGGUAGUAUCUGUUAAGCAACCUACACCAAACGCUCCUCUGCAGACAUAUCCAGAGUCUAAAGUGUCCUCUUUAGACCAACCAGACACCCAUGUUCAGUCCAUACAACCUCAAAGUCCAAAGGCAGAGAAGACCAGUGUGGCCCAAAGCUCCCAGGUUGCAGAUCCCAAGACGUGUGGCAAUCAGGCAGAUAUCAUCUGCAAACCACCAGGGAGUUCUAGUAAAGACAGUGCACAGACACCAAAAAGAAAAGACACAGACAUUUGUCAUUCCCAAAGACAAAACCAUCCCCGUCAAGACACCACUGCUGAGAGGAUCAAACAGCUAAAAUCUUUCUGGGAGCAGGAGACAAGCAAGACAUCAUUUAGUUGUGUUAAACCCAAGGCAAUGUGGGGAUCAAAACUUAACAAGAGGUUCACUAUAUCAGAAUUCGACUUGCGUACCAUUGGCAGUGAUGGAGAAGACUCGUACACAAAUUUGUCUGGUCUUCCCCUGAAUCAGAGAAUUGAUAAAGUCUCGCCGACACAUAGCAGUAGCCGAGCACAAUUUAGUAGUCUGAUGGGUUUCUGGGAUGACACUACCACGGACGCCAAGCCCAAAAGCCCCAAAAGACAAGUCAAUAGUCCACAACCACCUGAAGAGUUAAGUUCAUCUAAGCUUGAUGCUCGCUCCUUGUCUCCCGUUGAAACAUCCCCUAGUAGACGAAUAUUGUCCCCGUCAAAAGCAACUAACGACAAUCAAAACAACCUGUCGGAGUUGGGUUCACCGAAAGAACUAAUAAAGAUCUUGAAAGACUCAAAUAGGGAUGACAAAGCAGCAAGACCACCACCAACAUCCACUAAGGGUGUUCGUGCGCCCAGGAGAAAAAAGGACAGCUCGAGCCCAUCAAGCAGUCGUUUCAAGUCUAUGCGUCGAGCUACCAGUAUGUUUGCUCUUGUUGAUCCAGAAGAGGCCAAGCUUAAGAUCCUCGUCAGCCCUGUCCAUUCGCAAAGCAGGAAACUGAGUAUUGAUCACACUCAGAACAUUAGACAAGGCUCUGAGGGAACUGAGACCCCUCUUGCGAGGGCAUUUGUUCCCCGAGACUACAGCCAUUACUUAGGAACAGCGGACGAACCAGGUACCCCAGCAUCUGGAGACGAGGUCGGCGGUGGCUUCAGAACGCCUGUGAGGACCAGCACCCCCACUGUCUCAGAGGACCGAAGCUUCAAGAAAACCAUAAAGAUGAGUCCGCGCCACGUGUGGACAAAUAACAGUGCAGAUGCUGAGCCAGAGUCACCUGUACACAGCACAUCUGAAUCCUGGUCCAAAUCAAGGAAUUUCUUGAAUUGGAAAACUGAUGAUGAGGAGGAAAAUCCUGUGAGGAAAGCAUUGCGGCGGGCUGAAGCUCGGCCUAGAGGUUUGGCUAAAAGCAUGGAGGAUCUGUCAGGGUCACCAAGACUAGAGAGAAGGCAAGAGCAGAAGACUGACAUAAGGCGAAAUACCGAUGGCCCUUUGACGGCUCCAUCCUCCCCUGCAUUCUUAGACCAGGACCACCUGAAGAAGAAGAGCAAGUCUGUCCCAUCGUUUUUGCAGAAGGAGGAUGACAGCCACAUUUACGAGGAUGUUUUAAACCAUGGAACACACAUGAUGGACUCUUCCUCUAACUCGGAUUCUGUGUCAUCUUUGAGCGGGAGCGUGUUGACCAUGUACAGCGGUGACUUCGGCAGCGUGGAGGUGCAAGGGAGCAUCCAUUUCUCCAUCAACUACAUACAAAAGCUCAACGAGUUUCACAUCUUCAUCGCCCAGUGUCGAGACUUGGCAGCUGUUGACCCAAAGAGAGGCCGCUCAGAUCCCUAUGUCAAAAGCUACCUUGUUCCUGACAAAAUUCACCUGGGAAAGAAGAAAACAUCUGUGAAAAAGAAGACACUUAAUCCGACUUUCAAUGAGAUCCUCAGGUAUCGUGUUGGCAUUGACUAUCUAAGGACGCAAACAUUGGUCCUCUCAGUGUGGCAUCAUGACACGUUUGGCCGGAACAACUUCUUGGGCGAGGUGGACAUGGACCUCUCCAAGUGGAACUUUGACCACACCCACAUGAACGACUUAGCUUUGAGGGCCAGGACAACGGCGCCUUCUAGUGGGCGAGGAGAGAUGAGGCUGGCUGUCUGCUUCCUGCCUAAGGCAGUCCACAAUGAAGCCAAGGAAGCUCCCACCACAGGAGAGAUUCACAUUUGGGUGAAAGAAUGCAAGAGCCUGCCCUUAAUCCGAGCCACCAUCGACCCCUUCGUCAAAUGCUUCGUGCUGCCUGACACCAGUCACAAAAGUCGUCAGAAGACGCGUGUGCUGAGGAGGACGACGGAUCCCGUGUUUAACCAUACCAUGGUGUAUGAUGGCAUCAGGGAGAUGGACCUGGGCGAGGCCUGCGUGGAGCUCACCGUCUGGGACCGGGACAAGCUGGCCAGCAGCUUGUUGGGCGGACUCAGGCUGGGAAGUGGCACGGGAAAGAGCUACGGUUCGCCAGUGGACUGGAUGGAUUCCACGCCCGAUGAGGUGGCGCUGUGGAAGCAAAUGGUGGCAACGCCCAACGAAUGGGUGGAGGGCGUACUGCCCCUGCGCAUGCUGAGCUCCUCUAAAACAGCUUCCAAAUAAAUAUAAGGGCAUCUUUCAAACUGCCAGCAAAAAAAUAACAUUUGGCUAGCAAUAGCAACUUUUUGAUAAGAGGCUGGGAAGUAUUUUUUUUUUCUUUUCUUUUUUUAACGGGCCGAAGAUGAACAAAAGAGAAGAAUGGAAAAAAACUUUCGCAACAGGUUCAUUUCGGAUGCGUGAAAGUAAUGUGUUACCAAACAAAAGUUUAAAAGGCCCAUUGAUGCAUUUGAUGAAGGGUUAAGUCGCUGAGGAAUGUCACUGUUGCCUUUCUGUUACGCAGCUUUUGUCUUCUACUGCUUAUUUCAUUCCGGCAUCAAUUUAAGCAUCCCUUUACAUUAAGGACAGUUGGUUCUUAAAAAGAUGGCCGUAGUCAGUAAUGAGAUCCCACUUUAUGCGUAUAUAAAAAAAAAAAAAAUGUAUAAGCAAAAGUUGGAUGUAUACUGGACUGUCUCAGAAAAUUAGAAUACACAAUAUUCUAAUUUUCUGAGACAGUCCUGUACAUUAAUCCACCAUUUAAAGCAGGGGUGUCCAAACUUUUUGCAAAGGGGACCAGAUUUGGCGUGGUAAAAAUGUGGGGGGCCGACCUUGGCUGACGUCCUUUACAUAGAACAAUAUACAGGACUGUCUCAGAAAAUUAGAAUAUUGUGUAUUCUAAUUUCCUGAGACAGUCCAGUAUAUAAGCUAUAGCCUAUACAGUACAUUAUAUCAAUUGUACAUCACUUCAAAGAUAUGAAUUUAAACCAAUAAAAUUGGCUAAUACUCAGGGUAAAACAUGAAAAAAUAAUCAGAAUAGAAGCAGAGCUAAUCAUCACUUUCAUAACCCUUACCUUUAACCCUCUGGUCAUUAAUAUAUUGCACUGCCAACAGCCAUGUUUAUGAACCUUCACCCACCAAAGCUAACGGUAACAUUACUGCAUAUUAUUGCAUUAAUAUAUUAACAUUUAAACUUAAAUAUGUGUGUAAAUUUUUAAAAUACUGUUUGAACUCAAAUAGUUUACAAUCUUCCCAUUGCCCAACAACAUUUUUAUAGUGGCAGUAAUUUGAGAUUGUUUGACGGUUGACUGCAUGCCUGUCUUGUGGCACUUUAAUAAAACUGUGUGGCAUGAAAA